AGUUGGCCUGCUCUCAUUGGUGGAACCCCUAGAUACCGGGGAUCGACGAUGUUUCGAUAAUCAUCGGAAUAUUUGAAAGACUAUAGACAGAUUCUACAAAGUUUUCUAUUUUUUUAUUACUUUCUCAUGCUGGUUUUCACAUAACCUAAAUAAACAGAAAUGAGGCUAGUUGAAACGACCUUUAAAAACCAAAAUAAAAAAUAGAUCCACGGAAGAAGGAUACCCACGACAAAUUUGGGGGUUAUCCUUCAAAAGACAGAUCAGAGGGCAAUGUAGCGUUCCCCUUUGCCGAUGAGGCGACAGCUAUUUUUGCAUAGGCCAGUUAUGUCCGUAAAAAGAAACCAAAAUACAGCACGAGUGUAUUCGCCUGUCAAAUGGGUGUCAUUGGAGCGUGAUUAAUCACCCCAGGAUCAACCACUGAGUUCGCAAACUCUCCAAUUAAUUCCCCUAAAAUCGUUCUUCCAAUGCACAAUACCACGAUUACCGAAUCGAACAGCUUGACCGGACAGCGGGCAGUGGCACUGCAGUGUAAAAUGAUGAAAAGUGGAGCUGUAAACUUCAGAAAGAUCUCAAGCAGAUAGAAAUAAUAAUUAGCAGUUCCCAGGAACAUGGAUAAGUGGCAGAAUGACGAGAGCACGGGCUCAGGCCCCUCUUGUCACUAUGUAGCGGAGAAAAACACGAUUAUGAGCAGGAGAUCAGGUGCUUGUGAUGUCAAUGUGAGCUGCCUCAAGCUCGGAAUGCUUGUCGAAGCUAACGAACUGUUGGCUGAUGGCUCACUGAGGAUCAAAGUCAAUGACUUGAACAAUGACGAGAUAUGGCAGAAGACAGAGUGGCUCUGUCACAGGAUUGAUCUCAUACCUGUGCCCUAUCUCGUCUGGCACUUUUUGGCAGCUGUUCCAGUACCUCAAGACAGGGUGCGACUUGCUAGUGAUACUCACUUCUGCGAGGAGGCCAAGAACUUGAAAGUCAAUGGGAAGGUCUAUUAUCAUCUACCAUCGAAUCCGGAUGCCAAGUUCAAAGCUGUGAUCAAGUAUAUUGGACAAGUCACAGAGAUGGGGCCAGGGUUUUACUUCGGCCUCGAAUUAUUGGACCAUUGCGAGGGCUUAUCGACAUCCCUCCUAGUGAAGAAAUACUUCGCAGGAGCAUCAGGAACCGGCCUCUUCACCACCCUGAACUACAUCACCCCAAUAAGAUCAGAUCCCCAAGAGCCUAACGACCCGAAACCCCUUCGACAGGACAUAGAAGCCUCGCUCUCGAAACAAAUCGAUGGUUUUCUAAACAGCACAACGAAUCACUCGACCAACCACUCGAAUUACACGAACGGAAGGAGAAUAACCACAGAUUCGAAUUUAAUAAACAAAGAACACCUCACGAAGUUCGACGACAGUAACAACAACAACGGAGACGCAACUGUACGUAUGAACGAAGCUCUAGUCCCAAAGAUAGUUCAUCAGUCAACAAAGUCGAAAAUUCUCUCCAACGACACCACAAGUUUUGGCAAAAAUCUCCCAACGUACGAUUUUUCCCCACUUGAGGAGCUUUUGGAUAAGGACGAGGGCAAUAGAGUCGUGCGAAAGGAGAAUUGGGAGAAACUGCACGUGGGCAUGGCAGUUGAGGUUGGUUUAGGAGGUGAGAAUCGGUAUGGGGUGAUACGUUGGAUUGGAAAUUUACCAGGACUUACGCCUGGUAAGGUCAUGGCAGCUAUUGAGUUGGAGGAUGGACAGCAUCCUCAAGGCACAGAUGGUACAUACAAUGACGUCAGAUACUUUCACUGUAGACCAAAGAGAGCGAUAUUUACCGACAUCAGGCAGUGCCAGCAGUACAACAUGAUAUCAGCAGAUGAUCAGAUAGUCAAGAUGAACGGCGAGGAUCUGGAUAAGACUGAAAACAGCGUGAUAACGGGCAUGGUGAGGCCGAUAUGUGUGAAGGGAGAUUUGAAAACAAUUUGUGGAAAGUACAGAGGGAUCCAGGGACACCAUAACUCCUGCUACCUCGAUGCAACGCUCUUCAGCAUGUUCGCAUUCACAAGUGUCUUCGAUAAUCUUCUGUUCAGGCCUCCAAAUGAAAAAGAUCGUCCGCAGUACGAAGAGGUGCAGCGAGUCCUCAGAGAGGAAAUAGUCAAUCCUCUCAGGAAAAACAUGUUCGUCCAGGCAAACAGAGUCAUGAAGCUGCGAACACUGUUGGAAAAAUUGUCAUCAAUUUCUGGCCUCACCAGUGAGGAAAAAGACCCCGAGGAAUUUCUCACAUCCCUAGUCGCUCAAAUACUCAAUGCAGAGCCUUUCUUGAAGCUCAGCUCCGGACAGGAUGCCUACCACUAUCAGCUGUUCGUCGAGAAGGACCAUCAGCUAAAUUUACCAACUGUCCAGCAGCUGUUGGAGCAGAGCUUCCUGACAAGCAAUAUUAGGCUGAAGGAGGUGCCCUCGUGCCUCAUAAUUCAGAUGCCGAGAUUUGGAAAGUCUUUUAAAAUGUAUUCGAAGAUUCAGCCGACUCUUCUACUCGACGUGACUGAUAUCAUUGAGGAUUCCCCCAGGCAAUGUACGGUUUGUGGAAAAUUAGCUGAGUUUGAGUGCAAGGAGUGCUAUGGACAGUGCGGGGUGGGACUAGAAAGCAUAGCUUUUUGUUUAUCCUGCCUGGAUAAGGCUCAUAGACACGAGAGGAGAACGAAUCAUGAACCCAAGAAACUCAGUGUACCCACGGAGUUUCAGAUUCUUCAGGAGCAUUGUCCAGUGCCGAGACUGUAUCUCGAACUCUCCGCUGUUGUGUGCAUUGAAACUUCGCACUAUGUGUCAUUUGUGAAGUGCGGAUCGGGGUCUGAGGCGCCAUGGUGCUUUUUUGAUUCUAUGGCUGAUCGAAAAGGAGAACAAAAUGGAUACAACAUACCCGAGAUGGUUCCCUGUCCCGAUUUUCCCUACUGGCUGAGCGAAGAAGGUUCCAACUACCUAACAGAACUGACAGAUGAUCGACAGCUCCCCGAGCACGCGAAAAGACUCCUCUGCGAUGGAUACAUGUGCAUGUAUCAAUCCCCAGACGUAAUGAUGUACAAGUAACUAAUGUAGGUGAGGCAAGUGCAUAAUAAGCCUAAGAACAAUUACCACAAAUAAGUGGCAAACAAUUGCAGGACUGUUUGGAUUAAUCUUAAUGGUAAUUAUAUUUCUACGUAAUUUUUGAUUUCGAAUGGAAGCUUUGGAAUCGUUUCAAAAUGUUUAUAAAUCAUUGCUGCGUCCAGUCAACUGAAGAUGGUUUAAAAAGUUUAAGUAUGUGAUUUUUAGAUGGCGUCUGUCUGUAUAGAUGUAUGCAUAUGUCGAUUUAAAAAAAAUUCAAUCAAUUUUUCCAUAAAUACGGUCGUCAAUAUUGUUGAAUUAUUUCUAACGUUUAUAAAAUAUUGAUAUUUUAAAAAAUCAUUUCCUCGCCGCUUAUUCAAAAAAAUAUUAUUACAAAGAACGUUAUAUAGAUCGAACAUAUUUGUUUUUAUCUUUAAUGUUCGUUUUUUUUUGAGUUGAGGAAUUCGACAGUCAUAACCAUGAAAAUUGGAGCCCAUUAAAAAUUAUUAAUAUUAUCUCGAUGACAUGUAAAAAUGAUGGGAGCAGCAUCAGUAUUUAUUAACUCGCAUAGCGCUAGUAUGACGCUUUAGGCCAUAUAGUAGUCCUUUCUGGUCUGAAAGUUGAAAAAAAUUGAGGAGUAAUAAAAUGAUAAUUUAAAAAACAGAGCAUCCAUUCGAAACCAUAUUACUAAUUCGUUAGCAACAUCUAAUUAUACCCAUGUACAAAAAACGUGAUUAUCCACUUGUUUCCUUGUUUUCUUGUUGAGUAUGAAUGGAUAAUACGCAUCGAAUUUUUUUAUUUAUCAUUUUUAUUUUACACUGAGGCAGUCGUGUAGUGGUGUUAUCAUAUUGGAAUUAAAAAUAUCGCAUUAAGAAUGAAAAAA